AUGGACCACCCCGUCACCACAAACACCGGAGGCAACGACUUUCUCACCCGAGUCUACAACUGCAAAAACAACGACGACCUAGUAACCUUGUACGACGACUGGGCCGAAAGCUACAGCAACGACGUCACAGACGCAACUCAAAACUACGUCGCUCCAGCAUUAGCAGCCCAAGCAGUCGUACAAGCUGGCGGAAACGUCCAUAAUGGCACAACAUUCGACGCAGGCUGCGGAACCGGACUUUCCGGAAUAGCACUACAUCACGUCGGAGCAAAAACCAUCGACGGACUCGAUUUAUCCCCGGGCAUGUUGCGCAUCGCGAGAAGAACGGGUGUCUAUCGAGAUUUGCGCACGGGGGAUUUAUCGCAGUUAUUGGUGGGCACGGGGGAUGAAGAGUACGAUGUGGUGUUUUGCGUGGGAACGUGGACGCAUGGACAUGUGGGACCGAAGCCGUCGUUGGCGGAGUUUGUGCGCGUGGUGAGGCCUGGUGGGAUUGUGGCGGGGACGGUGUUGGAUGAUAUUUGGAGCAGUCAUGGGUUUGAGGCGGAGGUAGAGAGGUUGCGAAGGGAGGGCGCGGUGGAAGUGGUGAGUGCGGAUAGUAUGGAUUAUCGAAAAGGUGCGGGAGUGAUGGCCAAGGUGCUUGUGCUCAGGAAGAAAGUGAACGUUUGA